AUGGUUGCUCUCUUCAAAACAUCAUACCCACUUUUCCUUUGCUUCAUUCUUUUCUAUUUAUCCCAUGUAUUGCUUGUAAAUUGCACUGAGUUUGAAGUUGGUGAUCUAGAUGGUUGGGUUGUCCCCAAGUCAAAGGACAAUGAUGAAAUGUACAAUCAGUGGGCAUCCCAAAACAGAUUCAAAGUUAAUGAUACUGUUCGUUUCAUGUUCAACAAAGACUCGGUUAUGGUGGUGACUGAAGAAGAGUAUGGAAAAUGUAGAUCCUCUCGUCCAGUCUUUUUCUCUAACAACGGUGACACUGUCUUCAAGUUUGACAGACCCGGCUUGUUCUACUUCAUUAGUGGGGUUAGUGGUCACUGUGACAGAGGACAGAAGAUGAUAAUUAAGGUUUUGGAUGUAGUGCCAGCAACCCCACCCCAAUUAGCAAAUGAGAGUGCUAAAAAAUCACAUUCUACAAGUGAAGUUGCUGAAAUAAUAACUCCAAUGAGUAUAACAACAUCGACCCUUUUUGUUCUGUUAUUCUUAGGCCUGCUUCAUGCUUGA